ACUAAAUUUGAAACUAAGAAAAUGAGUCGUGUUUUGCCGAACAUAAAAGUUAGUUGAAGGCGUUCGAACGCGGCUCCCUAGUACACGUAAAACCCAUAAUAUGGCUGUCCGGCCUUCUGGCUAAUUUUUGUAUUUAAAUGUCAGAGCGAUGUUCCGUAAUAGACUGAAAGGUGGUCAUAGAGUUGGUGCUAGUACUUAUCAGCAAAAUUCCCAGGGUCAGUCAGCUCCAGUUCAACCAUCGGGAGGAUGGGGCAGGCCACCACCACAGCCAUAUCCAACCCCCAUGACACCCGGACAGCCGCCUCCACAGCAGCCAGUUCAACUGCAGCAAGCGCCUAACGCAGCAGGCUGGGGUAAUGAGAAUGCAGACAAUUCCUGGAACUGGGGAGAAACUGACCCAUGGUCCAAUAACAGUAAUCAAGGUUUUACUUCACAACAACAAUUAAAUCAACAGCAUCAGCUAAAUCAGCAACAAAACUCGCAUGCCCUAAGCCAACAGCCUUCUCAGCCGCCUGUGCCUCAGUAUAACCACCCACCUCAGGCUUAUCCGCAGCAGCCGCUGCAGCUUACUUCUCAGCAGCAACAAUUUGCCAAACCAUCCACAAAUGCAGUUCACAAUAACCAGCAUGCAGUGAAUAAUGCGGCCGUCUAUGCACCUUCGCAACACCAGCAGUUUUCUGCCGGCUCGCAGCCGCAGUACGUGAACGGCAACAGCCAGAACGGAAACGAUGAUUGGGGGAAUGACAAUUGGGGAGAUGAUUGGUCCCAGAAUGAAGCUAACAAGAAUAACAACAAACCAGCUAAUUAUGGCAGGCAAGAGCAACAUUACAACCAGCAGCCGCAACAACAACAACAGUAUCAAACACAGCAGCAGCAACAGUACCAUACACAACAGCAAUAUCAACAGCAGCAGCAGCAUAGUCAGCUUCAGCAGAACUAUCCACAUGAUGCAUACUCAAACUUACAGCAGCAACAGCAACUACAAUAUGAACAGCAGCAGAAGCAGGAACAGCAGUAUAAAGAACAGCAGGAGCAUAACAUCCAGCAGUCACAACAAUAUCCCGUUGAUCAGCAAAACUAUUAUCAACAACCGUAUCAACAGUAUAAUAGUGAAAGUAAUGCAGUGCAGCAGCAUAAUGAUCAGCAGAAACCAGCAGUGGAACAGCAGCAACAGCCAUCAGUGGAGCAACAGCAGCAACAGCCAUCAGUGGAACAACAGCUGCAGCAACAACAGGGUCCAAUGCAGCCAGCUCCAGCUACCGAAGCAGAUGCGUGGGGGUGGGGUAAUGAGGACUGGGAUGCUGCAAGAAAGGAAGAGCAAAGCCACAGUACUUAUGAACACCAACAACUACAGCAGCAGCCUAUGAUGGCACUACAACCUGAAGGUUCUGCUCCCCCAAAUGCCAGUACUCAGGAGAUAUCUCAAGAAACUCCAGCUGAUCAUGGAUUGUCUUCUUUUGCUAAUGACCUUUCUCAAAAGGCUGUAAAUAGAGACACUGCUGGAGAUGGCUGGCCUGACUGGGAGUCAGGAGAUCAGCAACAUCAGCAGCAGCAAACGCUUGAGGUCACACACGUAGCUGAGCAGCCUGUUGCACCAACAGGUCUAGAAAGAAUGCCUGCACAACAGGAAGAUCAUGGACAGUCUUACCAAAUGCAUCAGGGUAGCCACCAGUGGGAUGAUGGCCUAGAGCAUAAAAAAGAAGCUGGAAAUGACAUAGAUACUGCUGCUGUAACCUCUGCAGAAGUGACAAGCCAUCAUACUGCAGUUCCUGAAUCAGGCCAGGAGUCAAGUUCAUCUGAAAUUGCUUCUACUCACAUAAAGCAAGACUCUUGGGGCUGGGAUACUUCUGAAAUGGAAGUUAGACUAGAUGAACAUCCUCAUAAUGCUCAGGUUUCCAUGAACGAUGCUAUGGUCACGUCUGAAAGCUCUGUAGUUCAGCAUGAUAAUCUGCAGGCGCACACACAAUUGUCAGAACAAAUUUCACCUGAGGAAAGAGAUGCCACUUCCACAGCUCAGCAUGAUUUGGAAACCAGUACUGCAGGUAUCUCAAGCAAUGAAGAAGUCUCAGCACCAACUGCUGCAGUACCUGGCCCUGCCGUCGGUGAAACUUGGGAUGAUGAUGGAUGGGGAGAUGGAUGGGAAGCAGAGAGUUCUACCAUUCAAGAAGUAGGAACAUCAGAAAAGAAUUUAAAAACAGAGGAACAUUCUGGGGAACAUCAGCAACAUCAGGAUUCUCUACAGCCACCUGCUAAUUUUAACUCUGCUCAUCAGCUACCAGAUGUUUCAGAGACCUUGAAUCAUCCUCCAGCUGAAGCUGGACAUGCUCAUGAUGAUGUUGAUAUUCAGCAACAGAGUUACCAGCAAGAGACAGCAGUCUCAGAAGGAUACCAGUAUGGACAAGAAAAGGUAAUUGAACGCCCUCACGAUGUGGCCCAGCAAGAGGGUUCAGGUUGGGUAAAUAGUUGGAAUGAAGAUAUUCCAGUUGACCCUUCUAGCAAACAUGCUCAGUCUAGUGAAGUUAUGGAAUCUGUAGCUCAAGAAAAUACGGAACAACCAAGUUCUGCUUACGAUCAUUAUGGGCAUACUGGCAUGGGAGAAAGUGUAGCUCAGCCUCAACACAUAGAAGACCCUUAUCAGUAUUCUGGUUAUCACAUGCAGCAGCCAGGAGUUUAUCAUAUGCCACAAGGAGAAGCACAGGCACACCUACAUUGGCCUACUAAUCAGGCUAGGUCGGAGCAAGGAAAUGAAUCUCAGCAUAAUGUGCAGUGCCCUUCCAUCGUGGAAAAAACAAAUAGAGCGGAGCAUAACGAAGAGCUACUGAAUGUACAUAGCCAGAGUGGUCACGGAGUAAGUCUAGCACCAGAAAAGGCCAAUUCUCACACUAGAUUGACACCAAGCCCUCACCCUCCAGCUGUUCCAAAUCCUCAGACAGACCAUAAUCACUACUCACAUCCAGAGCCAGUGCCUAGUCCGCACACUUCUGCCCCAGAGGCAGUUUCUGCUGAGGGGUCUGAGGGUCACCAUAUACCUUUGCAAGACUCAGCAUAUCAUUAUUCAUCUUAUCAAGCAAAUCAGCAUCAUGUUUAUCAUCAGUAUCAAGGUUUAAACCAGGAAGUCAUAGAUGAACCAGAACAACCUACCUCUGAAUUACCAGAUCCUAUGGUAUCAAGAAUUCCUGAUGGUGCAUCAUCAGUGUCUGAAAUGUCUGCUAGCAAUGCAGCUGCAGCAGACAUUGGAAGUCAUAUAAUGGAAGAGCCACAAGGAGAUUUUAGACAUUCUUCAUCAGAAAUGUUAGAUAGACCAUCCUCCACUCAGUCGGCUCACUCCGUUACUUCACAACCUGCUCUUGUGCCAUCCCAACCUGUUCGCCCUCCAUCUACCCAUUCUUAUCCAGAGAGACCUGCCUCCAAUCAGUCUGCCCAUUCUGUUCAUUCUGUUCGAUCAUCACAUUCGGUGCACUCUGCUUAUUCUAAUAGGUCAACCCAGUCAUCCCAUUCAUUAUUAGGCCAGAACCAGGAGGUUCCUUCAGGUGAGGAGGUAAAAAUGACUACACCACAGUCAAACACUUUUCAAGCUGUUCCACACGACCUCGCAGCCGAUUCCUUGCCUUCUGGUAAUGUUCAGAAUGCCAAUAGCAAAGCUGCCCCACCUUCAUUGCCAGCUGAUGGUAGCAUUGAUCCUACAGCACCUCCUGCAAAUAACCCAGUUGCUCCUCCUCCGAAAUCAGGGCCCCUGGGUUCAGUUUCUAAUUCUAAUUUUAGAGUGAGGAAAAGUAGUCCAUUUCAGCCACCUUUAGGGAAGCCUCCUCAAACUCAACCGUUUUCGACUCCAAGAGCCAAUUCUAGUUUUUCUGAUGAUGUAAGUGCCAACUUAGAAAUGCCCCCGGAUAAUAACGAACAACCCCUUAGUGCUGAGAGAAAUGCUGUGCCAUUAUGGACUAGCUCAGAAAACUUAACUUCUAAUGUUAAGCUGGCAGUAGCUGCUCCAUCUAUUGAAACUGCACCUCCGGUACAGUCAUCUCAGGAGGCAAAUCCUGGGAUGUCUGAUGCUUCUGUCUCCAUUCCUUCAACGACCGUAAAUAAUGUUCCAUCUGUUCCCAAUAAUCCCAUCCCCUUAGUGGUUCCUGGCAUGAUGAAAGAAGAACAUCCAGAGAUGGAGCCUUCCAGUGCAACUGUAAAUCCACCUCAGGCUACUUGGAACCAGCCUGAUCCCCCAGUUGCUCAUAAUAUUCAUUCUCAGUCUUCUGUAGUGUUGCCAAAGAUGCAGUCGCAACUAAAUACGGCUCCCGCUGCAGCAACCCCUGGGGUCCUCGAUCUUUCUAGGUCUUCACGCUCGCUGAAUGAGCCCAGAGGCGAUGGCUCUCAGAACAAAACAGAAACUCCCAACUUCAGUCGAAUGGUUCCUGGUGAAUCGAGCAAAGGAGAAAGUGCAUCUUCAUCAACUUAUCAGGCGCCAUCUGUUGUCCCAUCCAUGCCAUCAGAGAGAGUUGUGACAGGUAAUGAUAAUCCACAGCCAGUGCUGCCAGUAAGAAUUAAACAGGAACCAGCUGAAGUUAGGUCCCCUCCAGAUGGCCCAUACACAAGCGAUCUGUCGGGUCAGGGUGCUUCAGUGGUUCCUCCCAUACGUAGCGAGACCAUCGGAUCCGAGGAACCGACUUCCCGCAAUUUCACGUCGGCUAAUUCUGGAAGCAGACCUGACUUAACGAACGAACACAGAAGUGAUCGUGGGGGUCGCUGGGAGAGAGAUCAUUCCCGAGAUCGAGACAGCCGCAGUGGUGAUCGGUAUCGGGAAAGAAGUCGAGAGCAUAGCCGUGAUUACUACAGAGAUGAUUCUCCUCAUAGCAGGAGAUCUUAUGAUCGGGAUUAUGAUUAUAAGUAUGAUUCUGAUCGAAGGAUGUGGCGACACGAAUCCGAAGAUGAUGAAGACGGUGAUAGGAGGUACUAUGAGUCAAGAGACAGGAGAGAUAGAGCAUACAGAGAUGAAUUGGACAGAUACAGUGACAGGCCAGUUAAAGAAGAAAAGGAUCGUUCUCACAGGGAGAGCAGCAGGGAUAAGCGGAGAGACUAUCGGGACAGGUCAAGAGAUUACAGGAGCUAUGAUGAUGAUCCAUAUUUUGGAAGAAAUGACAGGUCCCAGCCGGUGUCUCGAUCAAGCAGCAUUAACAAUUUGGACAAUGAGGGAGAUCGCUCUGGCCACUCGCAUCGAUCGCGCCACGAUUAUUACGAUCGACAUGACCGCCGUGACUCUCGAUCUAGGGACUCUGACCACAGGGACAGGGAUGGCCCGUAUUCAAGAAACCACAGGGACAGGGAUUCGUCGUACGGGCAAGACGGACGAGAAGGACGUGACCCCAGGAGAGAUCCGAGAUAUUAUGGACAGAGGGGUUACGAUGAUUCUUACGGGUCACGAGAGUUGUAUGACCAAUACCACUACUACUACCAAUAUUACCAGGGUCAUCCCUACUAUAAGGAGUACUAUCGGCAGUGGAUGAAACAGUAUGGGCACGCAUAUCAGUCCCACGAGUCUUUUUACGAUGAUAGGACCAGCAUCCACUCAGGCCGAUCUUCGGUCAAUGACGAGCUUAAGAAGUCCAUCAGUAGUCCGCGUGCGGCAUACGAUCCGUAUGGCUACUAUUACGGCCAUGCAACUCAGCCCCCCCAUAGCUCCAGCCAGUUUAUGCAAGACUUCCAUGGCCGGUCGUCUGUGGGGGCCUACGAGCCCUCUGCUAUUUAUCCAGAUGGCUCAUAUUCCCAACUCAAGUCUUAUGCCAGUGGCGAACUAAGUGGGGUUCCAUCAGUUGGUGGAGACUCGGCUAGUGAGGCACCUCAGCGUCUUACACCUGUGCAACACGGCCUGCCCCACAUCAAUGCUCGGUUCACUCCAGGUGGCCAGCUACUCCUCGUUUUACCCAAGGACCCGAGAGAUGGUGAAAAGGCUGUUGUUCAGAUACGAGAUGUACAGAAGAUGCUCAGCAUUGAUGCUUCUCUGAAUAGAUCCAUAUGGCAGAUGAAGAGUUAUCCUGGACCACUAACACUUGCUGACACACACAAGGAUGUGGUUGUGAGAUACUGUGAGCAGCAAGCAGCCGGGGCAGCAAAAAAUCAGGCGCUUCCAGAUGGGGAAUCAGUCACGUUAAUUUGGGAGUAUUUGGCUCUCUUAGUAAAACAAAACGGUAAACUGUACGGCUCGGACGUUGCUGGACUACUGCUCAAGGGUCAAGAUAGAUUAUCUCAGCCUCAGCACAGUGCCUCUCAUUCGUCUCCUGAAGAUGAUGCGGCAGAAGUUUCGUCAUCAGAUGGAAGCCCCCAAGAUGAAGGGAUUGACAUGCAGUUGCAGUCGACACCAGUGCCGCCUCCCCGUGAUGAAGUAGCACUCCUCAAGAAAUUUACCGAGUACCUCUGCCUUGGCAGAAAGAAAGAGGCUGUUGAUUACGCAAUGCGUGAAGGUCUCUGGGGUCAUGCAUUAGCCUUGUCUUACAAGAUGGACAGUACGACUCACACCCGUGUAUUAGCAGCCUUUUCAAAUUCCCUCCCACGCAAUGACGUUUUACUAACGCUGUUCCAGCAGUUGUCAGGAAAGCGACCAGAAGUAGCCAAGAAUUACACACCACAGCAAUGGGGAAAUUGGCGUCAGCAUUUAGCGAUGAUGGUUUCAAACCCAACAGGGCAGAGUCAGCGUGACAAGGCUUCUGUUGUGGCCUUGGGAGAAACUUUGGCCUCUCGUGGACAACUUCAUGCUGCGCAUUUUUGUUACCUUGUUGCUGAAACAGAAUGGGGAAGCUUUUCAAAUAAAGAAUCAAAAUUGGUACUUAUAGGAUCGUCUCAUAAUCUUCCCUUCCAGGCAUUUGCCACCAAUGAAGCCAUCCAGUGCACAGAGAUAUAUGAAUUUGCUCGUUCCCUUGAACCAAGCAACCCUGUCUUGGAGAAGUUCCAGUCUUAUAAACUCAUAUAUGCACUCAGGCUAGCAGAAUUUGGGUUCCCUUCAGAAGCACUCAGGUAUUGUGAAGUUAUAAGUCAGAUAGUAAGCAAAGAUCCACACACAUACCAAGGAGAUUUCCUUGCUCAGGUGUAUGAACUUGGCCUACGUUUGAAGUAUCAUGACCUUCACUAUCAGAUGUAUGAGGGAGAAGUGGCUGAAAUCCCAGAUCCUCAGUGGCUCACAAAUUUGGCCUCGCUGGUGGUGAUCGUCAGGCAGCAGGAAGCAGAACAGGCACCAUCACAGUCAACUAAGGAGUACCAGUCCAACACCCAAGAUUAUUCAUCAGCGAAUACGUAUCAGGGUUCAAGCGCAACUCCUGAUUUGUAUUCCCAGAAUAUGCAGACCACUACUGAUUCUUAUUCUCUUGGGUAUAGUGGGGUUGACACCUCCCAUCAGCAAGGCCAGGCCACACCUGACCUAAGCAAGGGACAUCCUGUAUCAGCAGAUGCUAUGGAUGGUGGAUACCAUCAACAACUCAUCCCUACAUAUCCCUUAGCCUCUGGUACUCCUAAUGAAGGGCCGGCUGCACAAGUCAUGCAGAGUGAAAGUGGACAAAGUGUGGAAAGUACUUCUCACAUUCAGGAGAGUUCUUCACCUCACCCUGAGAAUGUCCCUAUGAUGAUGCAACCACAAAAUCAGUCACAGUAUGGGGGAUAUGGCAGUAAUUAUUGGCCCGGCUAUACGCAGCCAGAUGUCAAUGCCUCUUCGAGUUAUGUCUCCAGAGUCCGCAGAUGUGUCACACUCAAGCCUUCCAGCCUCUCCUGGAGUGCAUCGCCAUCUUGUUUUCGUUCCAGAUACGUGGGUAGAGAUGAUGCAGUUCCCAGUAUAACUGUAAAUGCGUAUACUGCGGAUUCAGAAGUAUCCAGUGAGCAACGGUCAAACAGUGCUACAUCCAUGACACAGCCCAAUAGCCUUGGCAGCUAUCCACCUUAUCAGCAACCAUAUCAACCAUGGGAUCAGCAACACCAGCAUCCAGGAAGUAGCAUUGAUGCUGACCAGCCACAGUCUUCAUCUCCAGAAUCACCUCAGAACUCGGGUGCUCAGAGAACGGCGGAAGAAGAAGCAUACUGGGCAGAAAUGACAGGGAAGAAGGAUGAUGAGUAUGAUGAGUUUGGUGGUGACCUGUAUGAAUAUGAAGAUAUUGAGGAGGUAGGGGCACGCGAAUCGGACACCGACGUAGAAUACCAGUUGCGUCAUCGUCACCCCACAUCUCUGGUGAGCAAUCAGGAGCCCCUGGCUGUUACAAGCACUAUUCCCACGUCACUGCAGCAGCCACCUUCACAUCAGCCCUUUGAGCCGUCAGAAUCUGUUCAAGAUUCACUGAGCCAAAUUCCCGAGUGUCUUGGGUCAACCACGACCACAACAGCAACUCUUUCUCCAAGUCUGGAAUCCUCCACUUCAUCCAUGGCUUUACCCAACUCCCUUCCUAUGUUCCAACCACUACCUCAACAUUCACCACUUUUGUCAAGUCCACUUCCUCCACCACUGGGCCUUAACAGUCAUGUGACGCAGACGUCUAAUGAUAUGGCUGAACCUACCUCUAAGGAAAAUGAAAAUUCAGAAGACGGCCAGAAAAACAAGGAGAAAAACCCAGACCCCUCUCAAGAGAAAAGCACUGGAUGGUCAAUUGGAUCCCUAUUUAGGUGGAAAACUAAUACUAAGCAAGCAGUGCUUCCAGAUGAUAAAAAUCCUUCAAUUGUAUGGAAUGAAGAAAAGAAAAGGUGGGAGAAUAAAGAUGGAGAGGAAGAAUUAAACAACCCCCCUCCACCACCUCCAAAAUCUGCUACUGGUGGACCUGGAGCACCACCACCUAUGUUCCUAGCAAGAGCAGGACCCAGAAAAUCGAGAUAUGUUAAUACCGAAAAAGAUUCGUCCAAGCAACCUCUCAAUGGCCCAAAUCCAAUGUUAAACCCAUUGGGUGGAAAUCCUCCCAUUCCCGGUGGUCCUAUGCCAAUCCCAAGCGGAGCCCCCACGCCCCCUUCAUUUAUGGUCCCUGGUCCUGCAUCAGAGGGCAGCAGCAGUUCUCAGCAGCCCCCAAAUAUGCAACCAAUGGAGCAGCAACAACCACCACAGCAGCCUUUACCUCAAGUCCCGCCAACUUCAUUACCAGAUAGUUCCUUGAUGAGGAGGUCGCGAUAUAUUUCUGAAAGUUCCAUAGAGCUAGAGGAAGACUGGCCCCCUACCAAUCCAGAGGGGACAUCGAGUGAUGGUGCUGAGGGACCGGUACCCAUGAUGGCUCCUCCAGGUCAACCCCAGUUCUUCAACCCUUCUCAGUUCAACCCAACUGCUUCAUCCAACCCAGCACAGACAAAGAGUAGGCCCGGGAAAGAGAUUGUACCAAGGGAAACGAUGAAGAAAACCCUAAUGUGAAUACGAGCCUUUGGUAAUGCAGGGUUUACUACCUUUUUUUUUUCUUCCUGUGAUUCUAGAUUUUUAUAUGAAGUUAGAGGAUAUUUAUUAGGUAUCUUAAUUUUAGUGAAGGGGUCACUUAGGUCAUGACACCACUGUGAUGGGGGGUGGGGGGAGGGGUGCAAAACCAUCUUGACCAUUUCAGUGCUGCCAGUGAAGUGAGAUGUAUGUACAGUUGUUCCUGAAUGCAGCUCAGUGUCUCAAGUGAAUACGGUAAUAGUGGAGGAUUUUAACUUUUAUUUGUAAUUAGUUUUCACAAUGUUAAUAGUACGUGGUUUAUAAUAUAAGAUUGGAAAAUAGUUGUGUUCAUUUUCAUCAGAAUUUCCAGCCAUUAAUAUACUGUUAUGAUUUUAUCUACUUAUUCUGGGAAGGGAAGAUCAGUGCAAUGUUGUGUAUAGAGCAUUAGUUUAAGUCCUGAAGAUGUAAUAUAUUCAGAAUUUUACAGUUGAUUAUAUUAUUGCCUUGAAAAGAUUAUAUUGUGUAUAUGCAGGAGCAAAAGCUGUUAAAAAGUUUGAUAUUUGUAUCAUCAGAUAUUAAUUGUAAGUUGCAAAUACAGGGCUUUCAGACUGUGCAAGACCUGACAGCUCAGGUGCUAAGUGUGUGUUCAUUGCAACAGCAAUGUCUCUGUGUACUGUACUUUUACAGUUGGAUCAGGAAGCAGGUGUAGUGCCAACACAUUGGAGAGCUGAAUAUGCACUGCAUUAGUUUUGCAAUUGUUCAUGGAAAGAGGUAGAGAAAAAAUUGUUUGAAACUAGUUGAUAAGGUAGUUUCAUACAGGUUUUCAAAGUGUUGGCAAGGAAAAUAAAAGUAAGCAAGAUAAAUAACACAAUGCUGCAGUUCAUCAGUGGUGCAUAUUUUCAGUUGUGCAAUGUUCACAUUGGUCACAAUUUGGCAAGUCAGUAUUUCUGACCUUUGCCAAUUAAGUCCACAUGUCAUGUGGUGGAGUUCCAUCUCACAUAAGAAAAUUGAUGAUGACUAUGCAUCUCUCUCGUGCUCAUAAAAUUGUGACAACAUUAAUGACUGCAGACCUAUCCAUUGAUUUUGUUCAAGUUGAUGAUACAGACUCAGAAAAUAAAAUCUUUUAAAAUAAGCAGAUGACAUGGCUGUGGGAUGUUAUGGUAAAGUAAAUGAUUUAAGUAGGAUAUUUACAUAUGCUUUAUUUAGUUUUGCUAAUGAGAGUAUAUUUUGUAGUAUGUCAUAAGUUGGUAUAUAUUACUCGAUAUAAUUUUGUUGGGAAGUUUCUAUAAACACACUUUAAUUUUUUGCAAGCUCUUGUCUUGCUGAAGGUUGUAUCUGUGAAGUUUAAUUGGAAUUGUAUUUUAAUAAGUUCCUAUAGCUUGGGUGCUUUUUACCGGGGAUGCAGUAUUGGUUUCAGAAUCAGAAAAACAUUUGAGAAUUAUUUCUAUACGAAUAUCGUUAUUUAAUGAAAGCCUUUGUAUAUAGCAUUGGUUUCAGAAUCAGAAAAACUUAUUUGAGAAUUAUUUCCAUACGAAGAAUAUCAUUAUUUAAUGAAAGCCUUUGUAUUUAGCAAGUGCAAAUUUUCCGAAAUAUGUAACAAUUUUUUCCACUUGUGUAUCAGUGGCAACUGAUGAAAAGAAAGAUCUAUAGAUGGUUAAAUUCAGUUUAUAUCUGAAUGUGUAGGAAAAAUUUUCAGCUAUUCUUGCACUAUUGAGUUUUAUCUCUUGACCAAGGAUAGUAGUGAACCUAUGAUGAGCAUUAGCUGUAAGGAAACAGUCUUCUUCAGUACAUCUCUCUAAACUUGAUAUAAACUGCAUUUAGUGUCAGCGUGUUCCUUUUACCAUCAGGUGCAACUGGUCAUUAGUAAUGCUGAAAGAGCAUAUGUGGAGUAAAGGCCUUGAUAUUAUAAGAAUAAUAAGACUUAAUAGUAAGCCAUUCAAUUUUAUAUGAAAAACAUUUACUUUGACUACAAGCAUCGAUCCUCCUUGUUUUAAGUAAAACUAAACAGUGUACCUUAUAGAGACAUGAUAAAUAUUUAAUUUUUGUUAAGUUGAUGUGCUUAAGAGAAUUCAUGUGCACAUUUCCAAAUGAGUCUAGGACAGUUCGUAUGUCCCGUGGUCCUCGCCUAUCCCCGUUUUUUUCAUUACCAGUGUAUAGUAGCGUAGUCAUAUCAUUAUUAUUUAUCAUGUGUUAUUGUAAAUCCUUAUAUCUUUGUUACUUUGAGAUGGUGAGAUAAAUAAUAGCAAAAGUAGUAUGAUUAACAGGUUUCCAGUUGAUGACUGUUCCCUUCUGCUUCCUUUGGAAAUUUACAUUACUGUAUUCUGUAAGUCAUUUUUAUUAAGAUGGUAUUUUUGCCUUGCAUCACUCUUGGUUAUUUGUUAAGGGCUGUAUGUACUCUUGUUAGAAAACAGUUCUAUGAAUGUAAAAUCCUUCUAAAUAUGACUGGAAAUUUAAAAAAUCAUGUACUUUUGCUAGGGGUAGAGGAAAACAUUUAUGUACAUAUUGGAAUAUUAAUAAAAUAUAUGUGGUCCCUCCUUUUA